UUGUCUUGGGGUGGGCAGAGAGAGGGAGAUGACCGGAUGGCAACGUCAUCGGCAUUGCGAUGUGCAACGUCGGGGGCGACGGCUGAAUGCGGCUUAUAACAGCACGGCCAGCCCUCUCCUCUCUCUUUUUCGAUAGACUUUUAUUAUUUGGAUACCUUGACUUGACUCGAAUUGCAAUUCAUUAUCUUCUCAGACAUACACUUGAAUCUGUACUACAUCUGCACAUCAUGAGCACCAUUGCCCGUAACCGAUACCCCCUGCGAACCAGCCCCGGGUUCCUCGGGCGCAUCCUCUACACGCAACCCCGGCGGCCCUACGCCCACAGCUCCUACGGCGGCGAGGGCGAAUCCGAUCCCAAGAAGACCAACAACCCACAAAACAAACCUACGCGAGACAUUGAGCAUCCUGACACCGAAACCACUGGCCCCGUCACCCAAGGCACACGGGCGGACACCCCGUCGAACAAGGCACGCCCGGCCCUGGCGGAAGACCAUCCACCAUAUGUCGACAAGGAGGGGAACCCCACGGGGGAUGUCCCGCAGGAUGUGAAGAAGCACAAUGAGGAAUUAGAAAACCGGUAUGAUCACCCCAAGUUGGGGUCUUAAGGGCGAUCGAUCAUCCUCAGGGGUUAGGGUAUGGGUAUGGUAUGGAAAUGGGUUAAAGUCCCUUCCCUCAGCGUUAUUUGUAUUUU